CAAAAUUUCAUGAGCAACAAUAAACUUCAUUCAACCCACUCUUUUAAGUCUCAACUUAUAAUCUUCAACAUCCAUCUAAAAAAACAUCCAUCUAAACUUCUCUUUCUUUCUUUUUUUUUUAAAAAAAAUGGCUUCUGCAACCACUACAUUUACAUCUACCUCAUUUAACUCUCUCUCCUCCACCACUUUCAACCGCCCACGUCAUUCUCCGGCGUCUUACGUCACUUUCCGGCGACCAACUCCGUCAAUAUCCGCCGUCUACGCCACCGCCACCGCGAAUGAGACGACUUCUGUCGGCGUAGCUUCAUCUUCGGUGAAAACGUCGUCGUUGUACGAGGUUUUGGGGAUCCAAGCUGGUGCGACGGGUAAAGAGAUUAAGGCCGCUUAUAGAAAAUUGGCUAGAGUUCUUCACCCUGAUGUUGUUGCUUGUGCUGUUGCUAAAUCUAAAGAUGCCACGUCAGCUGAUGACUUUAUUAGGGUCCAUGAAGCGUAUGCCACGUUGUCGGAUCCUAAAAAACGGGCGGAUUAUGAUCGGAUGAUGUGGCUUCAAGGUCGUCGUUUGAGUUAUUCUCCUACUUAUUGUACUACUAGUGGGACCACUAAAUAUGGUGGUGGUACGACCUCGUGUUCUGGCUUUUCUGGUUAUACUCGCCGUACUUGGGAAACUGAUCAAUGUUGGUAGGAGUAUGAGUUGCGCGGAAAAAGAUUCUAUUUGGCUGAAUUUUAGCUAGCUAAUAGAAAAAUUACGGGUUUGACAUGAUUGUGAAAAUGUCCCCGUUAAAAUUUAGUCAAAUAGCUUAAGAAAAACUACUAGUUUGUUAGAUAUGUGUACAUAUAUUUGGGAGCUUUGCCCUUAAUUAGCAUUAAAAAAACAUAUAUAUACAUAUAUGUCACUUUAGAUUAUAUUUUAAGAAAAUCGUGUACAUUUGGAUGAAAUUUAGUGUUACGCUAUUAGUUUCGUAUGACAUUUCUUAUAAUAUAUUUCAUCCGUUUUUUAUUA